UCUCCCCCUUGCGUAUUUUGUAUUUGUGAAUUUCCAAAAAACACGGAUUAAAAAGCUUUAUUUCCUGUAAUUUUUAAAAACAUCUUGAACUUCCUCAAAAGACUUCAGACAAGAUGGCCCGGUGCUCUUUUGAGGGCUGCGAUAAUCUCUAUACGCCUUGUACCCGAAUGACAUUCUUCAACCUGCCCAAGGAUCAGGCACGCAGGGAUAUUUGGGUAGCCAAUUCCGGCAAUCGACGCCUUAUGAUUGAUUACCUAAAGAAUAAGAAUCUGCGAAGGAUCUUCUGUGAGAAACACUUUGGGGAUAAGUACAAAAAACAUCAAUUUCAUCGAACGACACUCAAGUCUGAGGCAGUUCCGGAUGUCUAUAACGCCCAAUUGGCUGAAUUUUUUAUUCAAAAUGGUCAAAUGGCGAUUGAGACACUGAGCAAUGAAAAUGAUACUCAUGAGCCUCAUGAGGAAGUUCCCGUGGCGGUUGUUGCUCCCAGUAGCCACAAGGAUGCAGAAGCAGAACACAAUGAUAUUGAGAAUCUCAUUGAAAUUGAUGAGUUUGCAGAGACUGAAAGGGGUGCCAGUGUUUCAGAAGAUGCCAACCUCGAAGCCGAGGAAGCAACAGCAGAUUUAGACACAGAAGCCAUGCAGACAGUCAACCAGCUCAUCAAGUCAUACAGAACAAAGAAGCCCUUCCAGGCAGCAAGCCAGAAACAACACCUCAAAGAAGACAGUAAUUCCCGGAAUUCCCCAGAAUUGGAUCCGGAAGCUGAUGCCGAAGAGACUAUUCAUCAGGAAGAGGAGCAGGCAGUGUAUGUUGUACAAAUUCCAGACUGGGAAAGUAACCAAGAUAUGUUAUUUGAGUGUGCUCAGGCCAUUCAGAAAGUUGUUGAGGAGAAACCAGGAAGCACAGAGAAUAUUCCAGAGCUUCCAGAGAAUAUCCCUAACAGUGGACAGGAUGAGGAAGAUCGAUGUUUUGUUCUUUCACUGCUAGAACCCCUCAAGAAACUCACUCCGGAACAGAGAGCUGUGGCCAAAGUUAACAUUCUCAAGUAUCUCCUCGAGCUGGAAGUGGGCAAGAAGAGUGCAACUCUGGCUUAACAUGUUAUUCAUCCAUGUCCUGAACGUCCUGAACUUUAAAAAUCGAAAAAAUCUCAACAAAUCGAUUAUACUGCGAAAAUAAAAUUAUUUUAACAAGAAAAAA